ACAGCAGAUCUCAAAGGAAUCUUUGGUGAUUUUAGGAUUUAAGGGGGACAGUUUUACCAUGAACAACAUAAGCUUGUGACUCCAAAGAGCAGUAAGUAUUUUCAUUUCAUCAAACAUUUUAUUUGUGACAUUUCAAGGCUCCUCAGAGCCCAGAGGACGUCACAUCAACAUUGGUGACCGAAGUUAGAACUGUGAAUGGAAGUCAGUUAUUCAAACACUUAUAAAAAGCCUACAAACUUUGGGAUAACUAAAAGGAUGUGUAGUCGGUGUGAUAAAUGAGGAUGUUGAACUUAGACUUGUCACUUUAUAACACAAAAAGUGGACAAAGGACAGUUGGCAGAGUUGGAGUCAGACUGGCCCUUCUUUUAUAGCCCAUCAUAGUUUAGUAAGUUUGCUCUGAAUGACAGCUCAAGUUUUAAUCAUUAAAAGUGUUAAUAGGUAAUCAGGAGAUUAAUUAGUCUCAAGUUGAAACAGUAAAAUAUUUGCUUGUGACCGCAAAGGUCAUUUAAUGAUAAUUGCAUCCUCCGGGAACAUUAUGCAACAAACAAGUCAUAUGUUUAUUCACUUUGUGCAAACACAGUUCAUUAAAUGGUUGUGUCACCAAAGUAAAUUUUUUAAUAGAUCUUUUUUCAAUUCAUAAAUCAUAAUUAUUUCCAUACAAAUCAUUCUUAUAAUGUCAAAACAGCCAAUUCAUGUACAGUUUCAACAGUAAGUCAGUGACAUAUUUAUUCACUUAUGACUCUAUACAAAUAUCUGCUGCCACUAAACCAUCCUCAAACCCAUCAGUGAUUACACUGUGGAUGGUACAGUUGUUACAUCCUGUCUGCUGGCAGCAGAGGUCAUUGUGAUCAGGGUGGUACAAUAGUGCUAUUUCACUUGACUUUGAUUGAUGCCGCAGUUUGUACGAAGAGUUAUGAUCAAAUUGUUGUAUGAGUAAAAUCAAAGUAUUAGUGCAGUGCAGUGUUACUUCAACUAGAGUUGCUCUGAUACUGAUAUCAGUACCGCAAAUGCCUUCGAUACUGCUUAAAAUGCUGGAUCAGGUAUGGUCGAGUACACCGAUGUCUAUGCACCGAUCUGAUACCAUGUAACUACUCUAGAGUAGUUACACACCUGGAUAAAACAGCAGUUUUUUUCCAAUUUUUCCUCUUUGCUGCUCUAAAACUGAAGCCUACACAGCAAGUUGCACAAUGCGUCCUCGAGGAACUACUGUUUAAGAGCGGCCAUGAAUAACUGAUUUUCUGGUAAACUGUGUAACGUUAUUUGGCAGUAUUUUACACUGGAAAGUCCCACCAGUAAAAAUUCAAUACAGUAUACAAAGCUUUAGUUUUGAGAGGGGGCACUAGUGUUGCUUCCCUCUAAAUUGCAGCUGCAUUUAAAGUUUUUGUUAAAGGAAUUGUUAUUUAGUCCUAUGAUUUUAAUUUCAUCAUUAAGUAAGCUUCAGUAUAUACAUGAGUUAAAAACAGUGUAAUGAGAUCCCCACACUCACUAAAUCAUCAUUAAAAACAAUAAUGAGAUGUUUGUUUCUAACACGAGAAUCCCUGCUCUUUAUGGAUCUAAUUAAUGUGGUUAACAGGGCGUUAUUAUAUGAUGCCGUCAAUAACCGCUGGAAGCUUCAUCUCUAGAGAUGGAUGAGGAAAGUAUAUCUUCUAAUGUACACAGGUCAGACAUGCAGUCGCUUUACUGCUGUUGGACACAGAGCUGCUGGGAAACACUUAAGAGAUAGAGUAAGCUGCAUUCUCUGAUUUCUUUAAGCACAUGUUCAUGUUUGAAUACUGCUACGUCUAAAUGUGCUCAUCAGACUAUUAAUUUAAUGCCUGUUUGUAUGUACAAGUUAAUAUGAUUUCCCUCUUUGUCAGACUGGAGAGCAUUUAAGCAGAGGCUGACCUCCAACACGCAGCUUGUGGAGUUCAACUAUGUCUUUUCUCAGGACUGUUUUAAAUGACUCUGUCAUCAUUCAUCCUCCAGGCUUCUAUAUCAUCGGAUUUCAGACAUUUCCCUUCAUCAGUGUCUAUUUCAUCUUUCUGGCAUUUGUCUAUGUGGUUACAGUGCUGUUCAACUGUUUGGUGAUCUGUGUAAUUGUCUUUAAUCAUUGUUUACACACUCCAAAGUUUCUGGCUGUUGUCAAUCUCGCAGUGAUUGAUUUAUUCCUUAACACAUGCCUUAUUCCCAGCAUGAUAAAAAUAUUCCUUGUUAAGGAUAAUUUCAUUCCAUUCAACCUCUGUUUGGUACAAAUGUUUGUCUACUAUGCUGUUGUAUCUCUGGAGUCAUACGCACUUGCUAUACUUGCCUAUGACAGGUUGAUUGCAAUAUGUUUCCCUCUGCGUCACAACUCCAUCAACACACUGCGGAGCAUGUCUUGUAUUGUUGGUGUUACUUGGUCUUUUGUUCUGGCAGUUACAGUGUUUGCAAUAGGUAUAAUGACUCGACUGUCUUUUUGCAGUUCAGUCCAAGUGUUCAGCUAUUUCUGUGACUAUGCACCUGUGUUUAGACUCGCCUGUAAUGAUUACUCAAUGCAGUGGUCUGUGGCCUCUUUUUUCUCCAUUUUAAUCCUUGUAGGACCCUUUACGUUUAUUCUUCUGUCAUAUACGAGCAUCCUGGUGACUGUAUUCAGGAUGAAAUCUUUAGACAGUCGUGUGAAAGCUCUGGCUACUUGUGCUGAGCAUAUCAUCCUUGUUGCGGUAUUUUACAUUCCUCUCAUUACCAUUUUUAGCAUCGGGUUUUAUCUGCGAGCAAUUGACCCAGACCGGCGUGUGCUGAGCCUGUCGCUGGCCUCUUGCAUCCCACCCUGCAUCAAUCCUAUUGUAUAUUCUUUGAAAACUAAAGAGAUCAAAAUCAGAGUCCUGGCGCUGGUGAGAAAAAAUACACUUGGCAAACAACAAACAAACCAACACAAUUAGGACCAAAUUGUGCAGUGAGUAAAGAGCCUGAACUGUGUGCUUUCUGAAUAACAUCUGUCAACAGAAAUGUCCCAAAUGGCUCAGCAGUCUGGUUUGACCAUCAGUUCAUCAGUGUGAAGAUGGCUAUGAGCUGCACUGCACUGCAGAGAACACAAUUUAAUUCUAAUGUCAUUUAAUCAAAGUUGCAUCAUGUGUAAUAUAUUAAUGCAUAAACAUCUUUGAGCUAUAGUCAAUUUAUAACUCAAAAAACUUCAUAAAAGUAUAACGGGACACUUUGAUUCACACACCUUUAUAUAACAUCUACUGUAGCUGUAUUCCACAGGUGUUGACAUUUUUUUUAAUUGUCUGUGUCCUAUAUGUUUGUUUUAGGCAUUGAAUAUCCUGAUCACUCUGUGUCUGCAGGUGUGUUCAUUUGAAGCUACACCACGUGAUGCCAUGUUUGACUGAUGAAAAGUCAAUAUAUGUUUAUUAUGUUCAUCAUGCCAACAUUGUAACUUCAAACUUUAGUAAUUUAUCUUCCACCUCUCUAUGAUUUUGAAGGAUUUUGAAUAGUUUGGGAUGAAACGACCCGACUGUA